AUGUCAACCAAAGCUGCUCCGGUCAUCCCUCCUCGACCGGCUCGAUCUCCACAACCGUCGUCGUCGAUAGAAAUGCCCAAGAUCCCACCUCGCCCGGGCAACCGCCGCAAUGACCGUUCCGUUUCGCCCAUGCGUGGUAGCUAUGCACCUUCGCCGUUCAAUGAAUGGACCGGUCCUAGCAUGAGCCAUACCAUUUCAAAUGAUCUGCCCCCACGUCCUCCCAGCGUUACAAUACCGUCUCUCGGCGAGGAGGGCAUUGAAUAUGCGGAUCUCGACCCAGGAAACAUGUCGGAUAGCCAUCACCAGACCCCCGCAGAGACUCGCAAUGUUAGCAGUGAUCUCAAGAUCCAUGCACCGAGACCGUCGUUGCCAACUUCAAGUGCUGAAGCAAAGGUUCAGGCUGUCACCCGCACUGACUCUCGCCAGGCCGCCGCGGCAGGACUAGGCCGUGGUGUUUCGCCUGCUCGUGAGGAACAAGAACGCCCAAGUCGUUCACUAUAUUCCAGAGCGAGUGACACACGUGCCGAAUCCUCAACUGCAUCCAAUGAACGUCGGCUCUCUACCCAUAUCGGAGAAGAGCAGGGCUUCCGCGUGCCCAUGUACCCCAAUGCCGGUGACGUCCAGGCACCAUCCCCUAGCCCGUUCCUCGAACAAGGCUCGCAGCGGUCGAGCCGUAAUCACAACCGCACUCGUAGUGUUCGCGACUCUUCCCUGCCCCCUGGUAGCUAUGGGUUACAUGGACAUGGUGUUCAGCAUCCCGAUAAGUUUGAAAAGGCUUGGUAUGAAAAGCAUCCCGAUGAAUUUGUGAAGGAAGAAGGACAAUAUGGUCCUGGUGUCGGCACUCCGCGUCCUGAUUGGGCAAUGAGUAGCGACGAUCUGAACAAGAUUGUUCGAAGCUCCGCCCAGACCGGUUCCGGUCUUGGUACUUCCCCAACAGUUGUGGGCACCCCUGAAGAGGAGGUCGGGUAUAUCGCAUCCGACGAGUACAUUCAUUCAAUUGUUUCUCCUCCUGACGCUCGACUCGAAAGCCAGCCGACUGUCGAGUCACCACUUCGACAAAUGAGUUUCCCCUCAGAGGGGGUGCAGACGGAAACCACCGCAAGCCCACUACGUCGCCGUGGAUCCAGUUCGCACGGACAUCGUGAGGGUGGCGUGAUCCAUGUAGAUGACCCGAUGCAUCCUUUACACCACCCCGACGGAUUUGCCCCGACCCCGGCGUUGGAAGAGCAUGCGCCAACAUUUGAGAACGCCGAGGAAGAGGAGGAGCCAAUUCUAGCUGCGGACGAAGUGCGCCCUGAGUCGGCAUACUUACAUCCCGCCGUCUCGCCGACAUUUGAUCGUCGGGGAAGCUUCGAAGAUGAUGGUCGCAGUCGGACCCCUAGUCUCCACAGUCGUUCCAACAGUCGAUCAGCAAGCGCGCAAGGUCAACUCCCGGUGCUGACCCGCUAUGACUCGCGUGAGGAUACGCAUACACCGCUCGAAGACGUCGACGAGUAUGAGCCACUGUUCCCUGAAGAUGAUGCUAAGAAAGAGAAAGUCGUGUCAGCUGCGGAUCGUUUCAAGAAGAGACCGGACGCAUUGAAGCAUAGAUUCCCUAGCCAGGAUAUUUGGGAGGAUACCCCUAAUAGUCUGCAGCUUCAUGCCACCGUCACCACUCCAGAUCUGCCUAAGCGAGACUCUUCCGAAAUCUUCGAAACACCUGAACAAGAGGCCACACGCAGAAUGCAGAGCACCAGCGUCGACUCACAUCAGGUGGCGACCCACAUCCUGGAAGGCGAGAGCGUCAGUGAUAGGGCCCCUCCGCGGCCAGACAAUUUGAAACAGCGUUUCCCUAGUAGAGAUAUUUGGGAAGAUGCUCCCGAUAGUCACCAGCUGGUGACCACAGUUGAGCCCGCAAAAGAAGAAUUGAAAAGCCCAGAAGUACCUUCCAAGCCUGGGAUUCCCCCGCGCCCGCAGAGACAGUCUCAGUCUACCUCACCGACUGAGAAGCGUCAACCUCCAUCAAUCCCAGAUAGACCCAAGCCCCAGGUCCCUGUCCGUCCCGCUAAGUCUGGUUCUCAGGCCCCAGCAAGCACCGCCGAGGCCCUGAAAGAGGCCCCGAAAGAGGCCCCUGCAGUCAAAGCCAAGCCCGCAAUCCCUGCUCGUCCCGGCGGAAGCAAAAUCGCAGCCAUGAAGGCAGGCUUCCUCACUGAUUUGAAUUCACGGCUGCAACUGGGUCCACAGCAGCCCAAGCCUCAAGAAAAGGUACCCGAGGAGCCUGUUGAGAAGCAGCCUCUGAGCGAUGCUCGCAAGGGAAGAGCCCGCGGCCCAGCACGACGAAAGCCAGCCGUCGAGAAACCCAUUUCCAGACUCCCAACUAUUCCAGAGAUCAAGAUCACAGAAUCUUUGAAUGUCUGGCAAGUCGGCCAGGAUGGGAACCUGGUUGUUGGGACUGGUGACAACGAGAAGAAGUAUCCCGUUGUAGUGAAAGAAACACCGGUGCCUGAUGCACAGCCAAUGGCCCCUCCGAUCGCCAAGAACACCGCCGGUGAACCUGUUGACCCAACGCCUGAAUCUCCCGUUGCGAAGGUUUCGGAGGACGUGACUUUGCCCAGAACCACAACAGCAGAUGUCAAACCUAUACAGGCCCCAGCAGAAAUCCCGGAGCCCGCCGAGUCGUCUCCGAUAGCAACCGAGUCUGCAGAUAAUCAGGAGGAGAAGGACGAUGUGAACGUGACAAAGUCCUCUGAGCCAGUCUCCGAACCUGCAGUUGUUGCCACGGCGAUGCCUGAAUCUGUCUCGACUCCGAUUAAGCUGGAUAAUGCCCUGGAAGACAUGCCUGCGUCAGCUGAUGGCAAGAAACAUUCUGACGGUAGCAUUCAUUCUGAACAGUAG